AUGGCGCAACGUUUCGGCGCUUCGUCGCUUCAUCAGCGUGAUUCGCGCAGCGCUCUCUUCGAGGGAUACAAUGGCGACGCAGCCUCGCGACGACCUGUGAGCGCAAGCCCCAACCGAGGAUAUGGCUACGGCGGAUACGGCGCCCCUUCUCCCUCCCCCCUAGGACAGGGUGGCUUCGACAGUUCAAGGCCCGCUCCGUUUCGCGCUGCGACGCCGAACAAGAGGGGCCAGUAUAGCGAUGCGGUUCUCAAUGAGCUUGAGAGCCAGAACGAUGCACAGGUUGAGGGUAUUCUGGGCAAGGUCAAGGUACUCAAGGAUAUGACGGUCGCUAUCGGAGACGAGAUUCGCGAGUCCUCAGCGUUGGCGGAGAAAAUGAACGAUACUUUCGACUCAACUCGCUUGCGUCUCAGGGGCACUAUGAACCGCAUGCUCGUCAUGGCUCAGCGCACUGGUGUGGGUUGGAAGGUCUGGCUUAUCUUUUUCGCCGCCGUCAUCAUGCUCUUCAUGUAUGUGUGGCUAUUUUGA